AUCUGUUGGACAGGAAAGACGGAAGCGCUACGUGGAUAAGUAUUAUAUCAAUCGUUCUGUUGCGCUUUGUUUAAGAGGAACCUCCCUGCCUGUUGGAAAUCAAAACAAACCAAAUAAGGAAAUACAAGCUGUUUGUGUAUUUUAAAGGAAGUGUGUCAACAAGCUUACAUCUGAAACACAAUGGGAACUCCUGCCUGUUGUUGGUCACCGGAGAACCAACUAUUCACUGCCUAAAAUGUGGCAACGAAGACAACUGAAUUUAGGUCAAUAAAAGGCAUAAGACUGGUGCCUGCUUCAACAAUCCCUGUGGAUCCUGUCAGAGCUCAAAAAGAACAAGUUUUCACUGUAUUCUGCUUUAGUUGGAUUCUGUUGAUAUUAUCAACAAUUGUUGUGUGUAAUGGGGGACUGUAUGUUGGACAGCUAUGAUGAAGAUGGUUUUCAAAGUUCUGAGGGGUUUGAUGAUUGGGCAACCUUCAGCUCGGCAGACUGGGCAGAACCCCAGCAAGACGACAACAGCUUUUCAGACUGGGGUGUGUUCCACGACAAUACAGAGAAAGAGGAAGAAUUCUCUUCCAUGCCCGUGGAAGAAAGUGGAACUGCUAAGAUUCCCGAAAAGAUCGAAAAUGGAAAGCAGGUAAAUGUCCAGUUUGCUUUCCGUGACUGUUUUCGUGUUGAUGGUGCAGAGAAAGAACCUCUCACACUUGAAAUUCCUACACUGUUCCAGCUACUACAGAUCAAAACAGACUUGCCCUCUCCGUCUUCAGCAAUUUCAGGUGAAGCUGCCAACUUGUGGUGUCAUCUUCAUUCCAAAUCAGAAAUUCUGAGACUGUCGAGUCCUAAACCUAAACUGCACUCCAGUGAACAACUCCUCAAAACACUUGAACUCAGACACCCUGACGCAAGCACUGCCUCACAGAGCACAAUUCUUUCAGGUCUUGACCUAGAAGAGCCUGAAGACCGCCGUGGAACGCUUAUUCAAACAAAGCUGAUGCCACCAUCACAAUGUCGGAAUGGAUCAGGGUUUUUUUAUCAGAUCUCACGGAAGUGGCUCAGUCAGCAUAGCAUGAACAUGUUUCCCCAUCAGUGGCAAAAAGACCCUCUGCAAUAAGUUAUGAUCACAUUUACGCAAACGCACAAAUCAGAGAUCUGUACUACUUACCAAAAAGCAUACUGUCGCAUGCUACUUUAAAAGACAGAAAAGAGAAAGUAUGUUAACUAAAUAUGAUACUAUUGACUGCAACAGUUUAUUCUGUAUGGAAUUUAAAGGGCUUAUGACGGUUCAUACUGACAACAUCUGUUACAAAGUUAAAGGUCAUGACUAGUACAAGUCACACACACACAGUGAUAUUACCACAACAAAAAGUUUAAAGCAGGGGUCUUCCACCCUGCUCCUGGACAGAGUUCAACUCCAAUCCCAAUCAAAUGAAUUGACUCUGAAAUUCAUUAUUUUUUGUAAGUAAAAGCAUGAGGUCACACAGACAGUAAAGGAAAUGGUUGUGGGUUAUCAAGUAAAAGACACAAAAGCAUCAUGAUAGUAGUUAUAUUUUUAUGAUAUUUUUUUUCAUAAAUUUUCUUUUUUGAUAAAUGAUGUAAAUUCUAUAUAUGGUGCUAUUUCAAGUGUUAUUUAUAGUGUCUACGCUGUCAUUUGAAUUAAUUAAUUAAAAAUGUAUAGUUUGGAAGACAAAUGAUCCCUUUGUGCUCCAUGGAAAACACAGCUACUGUAAAUAAUGACUGAAGUUUUAUUUUUGAGUGUACAUUUAUUUAAAAAAACUGUCAAUAUCGUGUUCACAGUUUAAUCGUUCUUACAAGCACAAGCAAGGGCUUCUGAGAUGAACAAUAACCACUUUCAUACGCAAAUCCAGGAAGUCUGUUACAAAGAUUGUGUCAAAACAGCACUCUGACGCACCUCUAUGAACACUAGCACAGGAAGGAAUUCUAUACUUGAAGUACACACUUUGCACAAGCUAUUAAUAAUGCAUCAUACAUCAUAGACAAUAGAGCGUGGGCCUGACACGAACAAAAUCACUGCAAACUCUAAAACUUUGAAUACAGGAAAAAAGCACAGCCAUAUACAAUCUAUAGAGUAUAUUGUAUUGUACUGUAUUUCUUUUAAGCUCAUGGCUUACUAUUUUACCUUUUGUACAGUUUUUUUAUGUCCACUGUCAUCUGAAAUGUUAUAAAGUCUUUAAUAUAUUUAUAUGGGUAAAGUAUAAACUGAAAUGCGUGUAUACUGUU